UCGAAGAUCUAUGGGAAGCCUCCAUGGUCAUAUUCGGCAUCAGCAUGCUCGAUAACCUAUAACCCCUAUAAUAUUUUGGUUCAAGACCUUCAGGUUUAACUAGAGGCAAGAAAGGGUUAAUAUGCAAAGAAACAAAAUGACAGUGUGCACAAAAGAUAUACAAAUCUUUCGACAGAACUAUGAGAAGCAUUUUGGAGAUACAAGUCCAAUUCCAAAACUCACAUUUCCGUUGUUUUUACCGUUCGACGAUCUGCGUUUUCUACAUUUCAGGUUUCCGAGAUUCUUCGUUUCGAUCUUAUGCAUCCUGUGUUUUCGCUUUCGGUGUUUUGAGUUUUCGAUCAAAGGCAUACAUACCGUUUAUCUCAUACUAACAAAUGUCAUUUGUUGAUGUUUGUUGUUUAUUUUAUAUUUUAGUUUUUAUUUAUUGUCGUCUGAUUCUACGUAGCCUACAUCUAGGUUGCACGUUUGUUAGUCUGUUGUUGUUUAUCGUUCAUGUGUGCACUGGAAUUCUUGAUUUAGAUAAUAGCACGAAUCUCGAGUUUUAUUUCAGGAAAAUCAUAUCAGUGCAUAGUAUACUUGAGAUACAUUAUCGAUCUAUGCUGAUAUGCUUUUUUCAUCUUUAUUCGGUAUAUCGUUAAAAUAUUUAUGCAUGAAAAAUGAGGUUAGUAUUUGUAUUUUGCAUUAUGUUUUGGAUUGAUUUGCAUGCAAAAAGGGUCCUAUAAUUUGGUAGAACAACUUUAUGUUAGUAGAAUGUUUUGAUUAAAGUCACAAUCAUUAAAUUGAUUAAAGUCAAAUCCUUUUGUGGUAAUAAAGAGUUAUGAUCACCAACAACUUUUACAGAACUCUGUACAUUAGUUCCAGAUAUUCUUAAGGGAAAUUUUCCAUAUAUUGCUAUUUCAAGAAGUUGUUUACCUAGAGUAGAGCACUUAAUAUAAUACGAACUUUUAUCCUAAGAAAACGAUUGCAUCCAAUACCACAAGCGAUCUUCAAAGAAAGUCAUGCUAUUUAGUUUAUUUUCUAUCUUUCGUAUGUUACUACAGGGUCCGUAAUAAUCAAUCAUUUUUAAACCGAGUUAGCUUUCGUCGAAAAACUCCAAAUACUACUCCGCCAACAAUGAAUAAUAAUAUGAAUGAACGGGUAAAACAAAGUGCUGUAGCUGCAAUGCGAUCUUGUAUUGAUACACUUUCAGAAACAGCUAGUAUAACUCAAUCAAGUGUAUUACCACAUGACGUUUCAUCUUCUGAUACCGAGGAUGAUCAUGCAUACGCUUGUCAAGACGUCUCAUCAUUAACUUCGGCUCAUAAAAAUGCAAUACGUUUUAUGAGAAAAGCAAAAUAUUUUGUUGCUAGAAGAAAAUUUCGUGAGGCACUUCGACCGUAUGAUGUCACUGAUGUUAUUGAACAAUAUUCAACAGGGAAUGUUGAUAUGUUAGCGCGAAUGAAAUAUUUACAGCUGAGGUUAGAUAAAGUACUUGGCUCAUCAAAAACAGCUGACAGUUACGAGUCGGGUCUCAGUUUAGCAUCUCGAAUUGUUAAAAUUGAACGACAGGUCGAAGGUCUUGAUGUGAAAGUUGAUAAAUUAUGCCAAUUGGCCAACAACGUAUUAGAAAAUCGUCCUCGUCAUUCUUCUUCGACUAUCAGUCGAAUGUUUAUUCGACCCACUCCACGAAGACGUCGUUCUCAUCGUCGUAUAACACAUACACAACCACACAAUGAACAACAAUCUCAAGCGUCUUCAUUAUUUCAACAAAAUGCAAUGGAAUUCAAUAGAUCAAAUACAGAUCUACCAAGUACUACUACUACUACUAACACAAUUGUAACACGAAAAACGAAGCCCACUCGUCCUCCAUUUCGUACAUUAGACAGGCCGAGAACUUCCACGUCCAUGCUAUCGACAGAAACAAAUAAUUCAACUUCACAUGGCAGCCUUGUUAGUCUCUAUUGGCUAUUUAACGAUAAUAUUAAUUCGUCUCGAACUGCAUUUGUAUAG